AUGAGUUAUACUCGGCAAGCUGUGUCUGGCACCCCAGAGUCGUCCGGCAUGAUGGGCGAGGAGGAGGAGACGGAAGUUGUUCAACGUACUAAAUUUACCGUCGCCGAUAUUCCUGGGCUCAUCGAGGGCGCUCAUUUGGACAAGGGCCUCGGGAUUGCUUUUCUACGGCACGUUGAGAGGGCUGGCGUACUAGCCUUCGUGAUUGAUCUCAGUGCCGGCAACGCGGUGAAGGCACUGAAGGCUUUAUGGAACGAAGUUGGUCUAUACGCCCAGAUGCGAGAGGAGGAAGAGCAGGAUCGAGAACGAGAAUCCAGAAUUGACUGGAGCAGCGACGCCGGCAUGUUCAGCCGACCACAUUGGGCAAACGGCCCCCUGAUGAUGGCCGACUAUCCAGCUCCGCCAGCACCCGAAUCGGGGUUGCACAUUGCUGCUAAACCAUGGUUCGUCGUGGCUACUAAGGGAGAUCUGCCAAACACGCAGGAAAACUUUAGGGAGCUGCGGGAAUACCUAUCCAGGGUCACCAGUGGCGAUGAACCCCAUCCCAGCGGUGUUGCUAAUGCUUGGGUCAAGGACUGCGCAGUGAUCCCUGUCAGUGCUAUCAACGGACACGGGGUGGAGCGGAUAGUUCACUGGACGGUUGGCCUGCUUGAUGGCUAA